ACGCUCCCCACGGCCGUCAAGAAAUUCCAGCGCCUGCUCACCGCAAACGGCGAAGCGCUCCUCUCCGGCGAAGCCCUCCGCGCCCUCACCGUCUUCAACUUCAAUGGCGCUACGCCCGCACCGGGAGCAAAGGGCGGCGCCACCAAGGCAGCAAAUAUCGAAACCUUCCCUAUCCUGACUGGCUUGGGCAUCUCGACGACACUGGGCUUCUUGGAUGCGUGCGGUAUCAACACACCGCACGUCCACCCCCGCGCUACCGAAUUUCUCACUGUGGUCGAGGGCAAAGUAAACUUCGGAUACAUUCUCGAAAACGGACUUGUCGCGGCAGGCAACAAUCAAGAGAUCGCGGGCACGCUGAACAAAUUCGAGGGCACUGUCUUCCCCAUGGGAUCGAUCCACUACCAGAUCAACCCGGAGUGCAAGCCCGCCGUGUUUGUCGCUACUCUCAACUCCGAAGACCCGGGCACCUCGCAGGUCGCGCAGAAUUUCUUCGGCCUCAACCCGGAUGUCGUCAACGCUACGCUCGGGUUUCCCAAGACGAUUGAUGGCAAGAACAUCGAGCAGUUCCGCAAGACGAUCCCCGCGAACAUCGCCCAGGACAUCGAUAUCUGCCUGGCGAAGUGCCAGGACCAGGGCCAGGGCCAG